AUGAGUUUACCGUCUCUUAACGAGUUAAAUGUAGAAGAUUCCAAUGAAGAGUUGUUGGGUAGCAUUCUCGGCCCAUCCUCUUUAACAGCUGUCACAACCAAGGGUCUGCCUGUACUUCAGCAUCUUCAGAAUGGGGUUGUCCGGUCUCCGGGAGCACUUAGAGUUCUUUCCAUUUCCAGUUGCAUUGGAUUGACAUCAUUACAGGCGGCGGGUGAUAUUUUGCUGAAUAUUACUGCUGUAGAGCAUCUGAAAAUUAAGAACUGUUCACGGUUUUCUGAGACAGGUUUCUUUCCCAUGCUGAAACAUCUUACGCUCAAAGAUUGCCAGAGUCUAAAGUUUCUGCCUAGUGCAAUUACGAUGCUUAGUUGUCCUCUCGAAGAAUUGGAGAUCGAAGAUUGUCCGGCUCUCACAUUUUUUGCAAAUGGCAGGUUACCGACUGCACUUCGACGUUUGAAAAUCAGGUUCUGUGAAGCUCUAGUUUCUCUACCACAGGGACUGAUGCAGAUCGAUAACAGCACAAGCAACGUAUCUCAUCUCGAGAACUUGGAGAUCAUCGGUUGCCCUUCUCUCAUUUCAUUUCCAGAAGGCAAAUUUCCCAGCAGCCUUAAAAUACUUAAGAUAUGGAGAUGCUUUCGAUUGGAACCCCUUUCUGAUACGAUGCUGCCCAAAAAUGGGUCACUCGAGCUCAUUAGUGUCUUUAAUUGCUCGACAAUGACAUGCUUGCCCGAGUGCAUAAACUGUCUCACGCAUCUGACUGAAUUGAACUUACACAAGUGUACUGCUCUAAAAUACUUCCCUGAAACCGGCUUGCAAUUUCCCAACCUGAGAAAACUUGAUAUCUACGAGUGCAGGAGUCUCAAGUCCCUUCCUGAUCAGAUGUUAAGUCUCACCUCCCUUCAUUAUUUAACAAUCGGUGAGUGUCCUGGUCUUGUGUCAUUUCCCAAAGCUGGCUGGCCUCCUAACCUAUUGGCACUCAAGAUCUGGAACUGUGAAAAUCUUAAGCAACCGUUGUUGGAAUGGAACCUGUAUGAUCUGGCCUCUCUCAGCGAUUUGACCAUUGCCGGUGCACCUGAUAUAGUUUCCUUUCCAGAUGAAAUGUGCCUGCUUCCCACUAGUCUAAUGUCUAUGUAUAUAUCAAGACUUCAUAAUUUGCGAUCUCUGUCCGUGCGGCUCUGUGAUCUGACAUUGCUUAAAGAGCUGGAAAUCUCCAUGUGUCCUAAACUUCAGUGCUUACCGAAGGAAGGCUUACCUGCAGACCUUGGAAGAUUUUGCAUCAGGGACUGUCAACUUCUGAAACUACAUUGUUUGGAAGGUAAAGGGGCAUACUGGCCUAUGAUAUCUCACAUCCCAUGUCUGGAAAUAGAAUCCACUGAUGAUUAA